UAUUUAAGACCAAAAUAAAAUAAAAAUAAGGGAUCUGGUAUGUAGAACCGAAAUUCGAUAGUCUUACCUACAGUUUUAAAAUGUUGAUACGUUUCAACAAAAAUGAAAAAUGUUGUAUACUUUUGACGGGUGUCUCAUCUACUCAAUUGACCCAAUCAAUUCGUUUCAUAGAAAGCCCGGCUCAUCCUCGAACUCAAUCCCUUGUACACUAUCAUCGUUCCACUGCCAGUGGCUCGGCUUCUCCAAAGGCAUCAACUUUGUCACUUUCGCCGGAAAAUUGAGAGCCCUUUUACUCAAAUCAAAUCUACAGAAUCUGGUAUAAAGUGGAAGAGAGGCUGAGCUUGAGAUAUGUGGAUAUCUGUAGUAGCAGUGCUUGUGGCUGUCUUUUUAGGAGCUUUUAUUUUGUUCUCUCGAGAGUCAAAAUCUGGUCGUAGGAAAGAUGAUCAGCCAAUUGCUAAACAUAACAAGGGAGCCAAAGUCUACAGCAAAGCUGAAAUCUCUUUGCAUAAUAAAAGAACAGAUUGUUGGAUCAUUAUCAAAGACAAGGUGUAUGAUGUUACUUCGUAUGUAGAAGAACACCCUGGUGGUGAUGCCAUUCUUGCACACGCUGGUGAUGAUUCAACUGAAGGCUUUUAUGGGCCGCAGCAUGCAACUCGAGUUUUCGACAUGAUUGACGACUUUUACAUAGGAAAUUUGGAGGUGUAAUUACACUGAUUUUUUUGUAAAAAAACAAUUUGAGAGCUGAAUACAACUUUUAAGUUCUAAUAAUUUGGUCUUGCAGCACGACAGAAAAAUCCAAUCGUUUUCUUCAGAACCAAAAAUUGCACUUCGUUUAAUACAUAUCCUACGAGUUUCUAUAUAAUUUGAUAUGUGUGAAUUGAAUAUAGAGACAUUAUGCAGUACAGCAUUUUAUUUUUUGGUGAACGAUGGUUUUUUUUUUAACCGAAUUCCUUAUUUGCUCGAAAGUGAGUCUAUACUACUCACUAGCAUAGGUCUCAUAUACAUAUUCCAUAAAAAGUAAAUAAAAUAACUUUCAGAUUUUUGCAUCCCAAAA